AUGGCUCCUCGUGGUGGAAAAAGUAAGAGAGGAAGAGGAGGAGGAGGAAGGGCUCCGAAGGUUUCCCCAAAUCGACCUGUCGCCAAUCGACCCACUGCUUCUGGGACGUCAAAUCGAAGACCCAGUACUCUUCCUAGCCAGUAUACCUUCACUCCGGCGAAUCCUGAAGCCCCAGAGACUCAGCAAAGUCCGGUAAAUCCUGUAGCCCUAGAGUCUCAGCCUCCGACUCAUAGAGACUAUCCUCCUCCGACGCAGCUGUUCCAGUCCGGCGAUGAUUCUCCUCGAGGCUCUGGGUCGCAUCCAUUUCGGGAAUCUGGAUCUACUCAAGUUCGAGGGUCUGGAUCUGUUCAAGGACGAGGCUCUGUAGGAUCUAUUCAUCGUCUAGCUUCUCGGUCGAAUCAACCUCCUGCGCCGGUUCAACCUCCUGCGCCGGUUCAAUCUCCAGCGUCGACUCAGCCUGCAGCGUCGAAUCGACAAAUACCAUCUCGUCAACAAAGACCUUCUCCUCAACCUCGAGCCUCUGUAUCGCAUCAUAGUUCUCAGGCUCAAAACUCACACGAGGAAUCUGAAGAUGAGGAAGCUGAUGGUGAAUCUGAAGAAGAUGUGUUGAGGGAUUCAACACUCCCAGAAGAUGUCCUCGCGGAUUUACAUGCUUCACUUCUCAUCCCAGGCCGUGAGAAUUUCACCACCGUCAUCUCUCCCAACCUCGAGCCUGGAACCACUUGGUAA